AUGCGAUGGGACCCAUGCCAGCCGCCUGCUCCCAAACGAUCACGGCCCUCCUCGAAUACCACAUCCUGUCUCCCCUCUUCGCCACCGGAUUUCGAAAUCACCUCGCUCGACUCCAUCGCCGAAGCCCAAGAUCUCAUCCUCGAGCAUCUCGCCCUCAUCGCCCCUGUCAAAUCCCUCCAGCUCUCACGCUACCACUAUGCCAAAGCCCUACCCCUGAUAUACCACCACCUCUCAGUCCACCAGUCCAACACAGAGUCUGUCUUUUCGGGAACAGCACCAUUUACGGCAAGCAAGCUUGAAGCGUUCUCAUGCGUCAAAGAGCUCUACCUGUCUUUCGACCAAUGCGAUUGCCAACCCUGCUUUGGCAGCUGGCAAGAAGAAUGCCAGAAGAACACCCUCCACAGAGCCCUCAAAACAUUCUUCUCCCCCUCCGCCACAUCCUCCCCGUCUCCCUUCCCCAACCUCCAAAAGCUACACCUGAACCAAGAACUCUGGGCGCCCGGGCACUUUCUCUGGGUCAUCUGGAACGCCAUGUUCAAGAUCCUACCUUCCCUCGGACUGGAGGUGGUAUUGCAUGUGGAUAAUCCGGGGGUGCUGAGGAUGCCGAGCGGGAGGGUGAGGCAGUUGUUUAUGGCGGUGAAUACAAGGGGGCUGGUCUGGGAGUGGGAUGCGGCGAGGGGGGAUGGACGGUCUUUCUAUCGGCAGUGUGUGGAGAAGCCGGCGGUGAAGAGGAUGACUUGGCGGGUCGUGGGGGAACAUUCGCCCCAUCUGGACGUGCAAGCCAUUUACAUCAAUCACACCGUUCUGUUCCAGCCCUUUCCUGAAGCUGACAACGCUGAACAAGAGGAGCGGGAUCUGCAUCAGGCGUUGGGCAAGGGUUUGAGAGAGAUGAAGGAAAAGUGGAUACAUAGGUAUCCGGAGAUGAAGUAUUUGGAUGUGGAGACGAGAGUUGCGAUUGAGCUUUGGAAAAGACCGCCGCAGCCCUGUGCCAACAUGUUGUACGGUGUAGAACUUAUCAUCUGUAGAUACCAGACGACACAAGUGCUUAUAGAUGACGUUCGUUUCAUGACUGUUGUGAAUAUCAAAACCUAG